CGGAGCGGAGGCGUGCCGGAAGGCGGGAACAGCGCCGUGCCGGCGGCGCCAUCUUGGUUCUUCUCUGACAGGAUGGGGCGGGCCCGGCUCUGUUCUCUCCUUUUCCUCCCCCUCGUGUUCUUCGUAGUGCCCGUCCUCGCGUUUAAAUUAAACGUGCCCAAAGCGUUACUGCCCUUCAGUCGGGAGCUGCGGGUCCCUUUUGUGCUGGAGGCUGAGGGGGGCUGUUACUCCUGGUAUUCCACACAUAACGAUAUAGUCACUGUUGAGUCCAUUUAUGAGAAUGGUACCAUUUGUUCCCAAAAAGCGUUGCUCUCUGCUCGGUCUUCACAAGCCACAAAGCUAAGCAGUGUUGUGAUAGCUGAGGAACGUGUGACAGGCCAUUUACUCCGCUGUGAUGUUAUUGUUGAUGUGAUAAACAGUAUUGAAAUUAUCUCCCGAACUCGGGAAAUCUAUGUGGAAGAUUCUCCUCUGGAGUUGGCUGUGAGAGCUCUGGAUGUUGAAGGAAACACAUUCAGUAGCUUGUCAGGAAUGACUUUUGAAUGGAGCAUUGCAAAGGAUGAUGACAUCGAAAGUUUAGAACUGUCAAACAAAGUAAGCAUUUUAAAAUACUCGGAAGCUGACUACUCUCCACCAGACUACAUAGUUGAGAUGGAAAAAGCAGAAAAACAAGGAGACAGGAUUCUGGUGUCAGGAAUCAAAACUGGUGCAGCAGUCAUAAAAGUCCGAAUGCAAGAAUCAACCUACAAGAAAGUGGCUGCUGCCUCGAUACGUUUGCUGGUUCUAGAGAAUAUACUCCUGAUACCGUCUCACGAUGUUUACCUCCUGGUUGGAGCAUAUAUAAAAUACCAAGUAGCAAAACUGGUCCGGGGGAAGAUGACAGAUUUAGAAUUUCCUCUUGAACAUUACGACCUUGAACUUUGCGAUCAAGUUAUUGGGCCUGGUGGCUCUGACCUUCUGCCGGUGGCCAGCCUGGAGGUGAAGACAGCCAUUGUGAGAGCAGUGCAGUUAGGACAGAGCACUCUUGCCUUUGUUCAUAAAAAUGCUCACAUGCGAGCUGUAUCUGGACUUCCUAAUUCCACUAUCUAUGUCGUAGAAGCUGGAUUUUUAGGUUUCACUGUCUAUCCAGGAGACAGAUGGAUCCUGGAAGUGCAGCGAGAGUAUGUGAUCACUGUAGAAGUUUAUGAUAGAGACAGCACUAAAGUUUAUUUAUCUGAUAAUCUCCGAAUAAUUCACCACUUCUCUAAGGAGUAUUUUGAAGAGCUAAUAUCUUCUCGUAAUGGGUCUUACCAUAUAGUUCAAGUCCUAAAAGAUGGCAUCACAGGGAUAAAAGCUGAAUUGGUUUCUGUUCUUCAACAGGACGGCUCUCAGGCUUACUUACCCGUACCAGUCAGCCACGAACAGGAGGUGAAGAUUUACCUUCCCAUCAAACUGUCACCUUCUCUCCUUGCGUUUCCACACCAUCCCACGGAAGUCCUGUAUCGAUACAACCUUCAGGUAGAAGGAGGCAGUGGCAAUUUCUCAUGGAUUUCCUCCAACCAGACUGUGGUCACGGUCACCAUAAAAGGCGUAGUGACCGGAGGCUUGGCCCAGGGGCACUGCACUGUGCAGGCCAGAGAUGUACAGAACCCCUUUCAUUACGGAGAAAUACAGGUGUAUGUGGAACAGCUGGCAAAGGUGGAACUUUUGCCGUUUCGUGCAGACAUUGAGAUUGGCCAAAUUUUGGAAGCUCCUCUCAAGAUGUAUUUCACGGAGAGGGAAACAAGGCAGAACAUUGCUUUCACUGAUUGUUCCCUCUUACCUUUGGAUAUAAGCAUGGAAAAGCAAGGAGUAUUUGUCCUUGCUGAAGAAGGUAAUCAGAAGCCUGGACAGACAUUCUGCUCCAGCUUCCAGUUAGAAGCAAAGUCUGUGGGACAUACGUUACUGACAGCAAGCAUUACUGUACACCAGGAGCAUUUUGAAACAAGUGCAGUGUUUGCUGCUUAUGAACCUCUCAAGGCUGUCAACCCAGUAGAGAUGGCUUUAGUGACCUGGCAAGCAGCAAAGGAGAUGGUAUUUGAAGGUGGGCCAGGACCGUGGGUUUUGGAACCAUCUCGUUUCUUUUCGGAACUAACUGUGGAGCAUAAAGAGAAAAUUGAAGUUGUACAAGUCCGAUUUCCAACCAAAAGGAAACUGAACCAGUACGUUUAUCAGGUUGUAUGCCUGCAGCUGGGGGAGCAGGUGCUCACGUUCCAAGUAGGUAACCGGCCAGGGCUCCUGAACCCUGCUCCUGCCGUGGAGGCGAUCCAGGUGACCUUCAUCUGUGCUCAUCCCGCCAGUAUGUCUGUGACCCCCAUGUAUGAAGCAGCUACUGGUAUCCAACCUUGUCCAUUGCCGCAGCAGAGCAAACAGCUAAUCCCCGUAUCCAGUGUGAGGAGUACGGUUCUGGAGCUAGCUGUGUUUGAUCAUCAGCGGCGGAAGUUUGACAACUUCAGUUCUCUGGUGCUCGAGUGGAAAUCGUUCAAUGAAACCCUUGCGCACUUUUCUGAUGCUAGAACCAUGAAGAUGGUAGCGAAGGAUGAUGGGACUGGGCAGACCCAGCUGCACGGACAUCAGCUUCUAGAAGUGCACCAAAUUAAAGGUACUGUUUUUGUUGGAGUCAGCUUUGUGAAGUACACAAUACAAGGUGGCCCAAAAGAAGUGUCUAACUUGCUUACCUCUGCUUCUGUGGAGUUUUUAUUGGUAGAGGAUGUGACUAUUGUGCCAGAUAAUGCCACUAUGUAUAAUCAUCCUGCUGUAAAGGAGCUAUUUGAUCUAGUGGAAGGAUCUGGAUACUUUCUGGUCAACAGCAGUGAGGGUGGAAUAGUAAACAUGAAGUAUCGGGAGGCAGAAAGUGCCAUCGAGGUCACCCCUCUGCAGCCUGGAUUUUUAAGCCUGGAAAUUUAUGAUCUCUGUUUGGCAUUGUUGGAACCGGUUGCUGCCUAUCUGCAUGUGUCUGACAUGUAUGAGGUGGAAGUGCAUCUCACUGAUAAGCUUGAGAUUGGCAAAUCUGUCAUUGUUACUGUUCAAGUCCUGGGUUUUCAGCGACUUCCCUUGCAGAGUAAAUACUUCAAGUACAUGAAGCUGGAGCUGCAAGCAGCAUCACCUAUUGUUACACUUGCGCAAAUGAAAGAAGUGGGAGAAUAUUCUGAACUGCACGUACUUCAUGCUGUUGCCGCAGGCCAGACUACUUUGGUAGCUACAGCCUGGGACAAGAUGGGAAGAAGAAUUACUUCUGCUCCUCGGAAAGUUGAGGUCUUUCCUCCAUUUAAACUGAUUCCAAAGAAAAUGACUCUUAUUCCACACAACAUGGUGCAAGUGAUGUCAGAAGGUGGUCCCCAGCCGCAGUCCAGCAUCCACUUCUCUGUCACUAACUCCUCCGUCGCUGAGGUUAACCGACUUGGACAAGUCACGGCAAGAACAGUAGGAACAACCACGAUACAAGGCGCUAUCCGGGUGGUUAGUGAAGACACGGGAGGAGUUACUGUUUUUUCACAGGAUCAAAUGGAAUUAGAAGUAGUUCAGUUAAAAGCAGUAAGAAUUCACGUACCUGCUACAAGACUUAUAACAGGCACCGAGAUGCCAGUCUUCGUCGUGGGGCUGAACAACAUGCUGACUCCAUUUUCCUUCAGUAAUGCUAACCCAGAACUGCGAUUUCAAUGGUCAGUGAGCAAAAGAGAUGUUCUAGACCUUCUUCCUCGACACAUGAAGCAGGUUUCCAUCCAGCUCCAGUCAGACAAUAAUGUUGCCAUGGUUGUGCACACAAAAUCAGCAGGUAGAACCAGUAUUAAGGUGAUGGUGCAGUGUCUGAAUGCAUCUGCUGGGCAGUUUGAAGGAAACGUGACCGAACUAUCAGAUGAAGUGCAAAUCCUGGUAUUUGAUAAGCUGUCACUAUUCUCUCCCUCGUUUUCCACUGAGCAAAUUUUAAUGUCCACGAAUUCUCAACUCAAGCUGUACACAAACAGGGAAGGGGCUGCAUUUGUGAGCUUCCAAAUCUUGCAGUGUUACCCCAACUCUUCCAUCCUCGAGGAGCACGAUCAAGGUGUCCUGAGAGCUGGACCCAUCACAGGCAUUGCAGUGUUGGAAGUGACUUCUCUAGAGCUCUUUGGAGUCAAUCAGACAACCGUAACGGGCAUCCGGGUUGCACCCAUUUCCUAUUUAAGGAUAAACAUUAGUCCCAAAAUCUACACAGCUGGUGGCAUGUCCUUGGCUACAUUUCCCCUGGGGAUGUCCUUAACCAUUACAGUUGAGUUCUACAACAGCAUCGGGGAGAAGUUCCAUGCCCAGAACGCCCAGCUGCGCUUAUCUGUGAACAGAGAUGACUUGCUGCUCAUUAGAUCUGCAAAUAAGAAUCACACGUACAUUGCUCAGGCUGUGAACAGAGGAGUGACGCUCUUGACUGUGCAGGACGAGAGGCACCCAGGCGUGGCUGACUACAUCCCAGUGCCUGUGGAACCCGCCAUCAAGCCAGAUCUCUCAAAGCCUGUGGCAGUAGGAGAUGUGAUCUGUUUCAGCUCACCCCUUGUAAACCAAGAAGGUGCCUCAGGGAUGUGGCGUAUCUCCCCCAGUGAUAAGCUGGACGUAGACAGCGUGAGUGGAGCGGCGUUAGUGAAGAACACCGGAACAGCUACGGUCUUCCACGAUAUCCCAGGGAUAGGGAAAACAUACAGAGAGGUAGUUGUCAACGGUUCUUCAAAUCUAAGUUUCCAGAUUGGUCAAAAAAACUAUUUAACAAACGCUCCUGAUUCUUCUGCAUUCCACGUUCUUGUCGCCACAAGCAGUGGAAGAGAAACCCUCAAAGGCCCCUGCAGCCCGCUUCAGCUCAGCGCGAUCACAAAUCGGCUUCUCCCGGAGUCUUACUUGAAAUGUGGAGUUGGGUUCAGCAGCACCAUGUUGGACGUUUCGGCUGGGGAAGUCUUCCUUGUGCAGUCAGGAUUCAGCAUCCAAGAAGGUCUUUAUGCCUGUGUGAUCACAGCUAAACCCCAGCCCAGUGAAGUCCUCCUGGCUCUGAGCUUGGCUGAUGCUUCUGUAUACGUGACUGUUUCUCACAGCAGUGACCAGAGGAAGGGGGACACGCAACGAAUCCUUGUUCCUUUCCUCCCUGCCUUCUACCUUUACCAGUCAGAAUUAGUUUUUAGUAUCACACAACUAACUGGUGUGCUAAGAGUGCUGGGAGUUGAAAAAGUAUUAGAAAAGCUGGAGGUUCAGCCCAGUUCUCCGGCUCUGACCGUGAUGCCUCCGGAGCGUUCGCUCAGCAUGCCCGGGCUUGUCUCCUACGUGGUCGGCGUGGUCAACUUCACCUCUCUCCAGCAGAUGCCAGCACCGGCCUUCGUCAACGUGUCUUGUGCUCUCACCGCCCAAAGGGCAGCGGUAGCAGUGAGAGCUCUCACCGGGGAGUGCGCGCCCGGUCAGUGCAGGGAAGUGGGAGUUCAUCACCGGCUAGCGAGCUCUUACCAGGUCCUUCUCUUCACUCUCUUUGCUGUUUCAGCGUUGACAGCUGUUAUGUUCCUUGCCCACAACGCUUUCCUGACCAGGCUGCAAACGGUGCCUGUUGUGUACGUGCCUACCGCCGCUGUACCUCAGACAGGAUAUUCCUGUCCUGCCAGUUCCCAGCACGAAAGGAACAGGCCUCAGCUGGGGCUCUGGAGCGUGCGGAGGUGAAUCCACACCAGAGAGAUCCCCACUGCGAGCGGGGAUGGGUUGUUCCCGACCUGAACGAAAGGAAGCGUUUCAUUUCCCCUGUUACCUGCUGAUCUGAGCCUCGGAUGUUGAGUACCUGCGCUCUUCUGACGUUUAACUGCACGGUGGGGGCCGGGCCCGGUUACUUUUUGGGAUUAAGGGCAGGCCCGCCAGCCAUGUUCCCUCUCACGUGCUCUGCAACCGCUCACAACCCCCGUUCUUUACCAGCCCAAGUUCAAGUUAUUCGUUACAGCUCAAGACAACAAGCGCAUUAAAGGCAGACCAGCUUGCGUGUA